AUGCAGAGGUUACUAGUCCUACGGGGUCCGGCAGGCAGUGGGAAGACGACCACUGUAUCCCUGCUCUCCGAUUCACUUGGUUACGACAUUGUCGAGUGGAAGAAUCCCCCGGUUUCGGAAUUUGGAGCUCGCGAUUAUCAAUCUGUGAGCGCGCACUUUGAAGAGUUUCUUGGACGGGGUAAUAAAUUUGGAGGGCUUGACCUCGAAAACGCCAGCGAGCUCGAUCCUCAGAAAGAUGAAAAAUCUCGGGACCAGCGGAUACUUCUUAUAGAGGAGUUUCCCACUGUGCUUGGCCGGGCGUCCUCCGCCCUCACGGCGUUUCGGACAUCUCUUCAACGAUAUUUGGCUGCCGCUGCGAAUGAUCAUGCCCGGAGCAGUUCUGGAUCGAAUCACCCGCCCAUCGUGAUCAUUGUGUCGGAGAAUUUGUUAGGAUCUGCGUCUUCGAUCUCAGAUAACCUGACAGUUCACCGGUUACUAGGGCCCACGAUCUACAAUCACCCUGGGACAACGAUAUUGGAUUUCAAUAGUAUUGCACCCACUUUUAUGCACAAGGCUUUGCGGUCUAUUUUGGAUAGAGAGGCGCUGAACUCCAGACGUGUCCAAAUACCUGGGCCUGGUGUUAUAGACAGUAUCUCUGAAAUCGGCGAUAUCCGCAGUGCAAUCUCAUCUCUCGAGUUCCUCUGUCUCAAGGGGGACGAUACGGGGAGAUGGGGAGGCAGCGUGAUCAAAACAAAGAAAGCCCGCGGCGAGGUUGCUUUAACGGCGAUGGAGAAAGAGUCUCUCAAGAUGAUCACUCAGAGAGAGGCGAGUCUGGGCAUGUUCCAUGCCGUUGGGAAGAUCGUGUACAACAAACGCAUGGACCCGAGCCUGAUCGAGGGCGAUAUCGAGAUCCCUCCACCUCCACCGGACUAUCUACGCCACUGUGCCCGACCAAAAGCUUCACAGGUAUCGGUCAAUGACCUGGUCGACGAGACCGGAACCGAAAUCUCAACGUUCAUCAGUGCUCUCCAUGAGAACUACAUCCCAUCCUGUGAUGGGGAUAAUUUCACCGACUAUUUCAACGACUGUAUCGAUGCACUCUCCGAUAGCGAUAUCCUCAGCGCCGACCGCCGACCAGGGCAAGGGGCACGGGCCGGCAUAGGAACCGGAAUUACCUCUUUCGGUAGCGGCAUCGACGUGCUCCGGCAGGAAGAAAUGAGUUUCCAAGUUGCGGCACGUGGUCUUCUUUUCGCCCUUCCAUACCCGGUCAAGAGACGGGUUGGGUCAACUGGACGAAGCCGUGCGGGUGAUGCCUACAAGAUGUUUUACCCGGCAUCUCUGCGAUUAUGGAGAGAGGCUGAGGAGAUCGAUGGACUGAUCGACUCAUGGAUGAACCGAUUACUCGAUCCUUUUGGACAGCAGCAUCUUUCCCAAAAUGGCUCUGACCUCACGGGUGUCAGUUCCUGGAGAAAUCUCCAGGUGGGAAGGUCGGCCUCGACCAACUCGGGGAACAAAGAUGACAGUCCAGGUAUGGUCACGAUGCUGCCCCGAAAUGAUCUACUGCUUCAUCAACUACCCUAUAUGGCUGCAAUCCGGCAUCAGGACCCGGAUUGUUGGCAGUUGGAUAAAAUCACUCGCAUUCGUUCGAAUGAGAAUCUUCGUAAUGAUGGCAUUGACGAUAUGGAAGAAUCUCCAGCACAGCGUAUGAAGCAACCUAAUAAUGCUUUGGAACCUGGACCCGAGAAAUUGAUACUCAGUGAUGAUGAUAUCGUUGAUUGA